UUAAAUGGAUUUUACGAAGUAUUAGUAGCCGUGCUGCUUAGAGAAUACAAAUCACAAUGCCAGGAUUAAUAAACCGCCAUACACGUACAAUAAUCCCGCUCCAGGGAAUACGUGUGUCGUCCUGCGUAAACGGGCAGUCCCUAGCAACUACAUCCGCGCUUACGUAUUAUAACGAUGAGGACCAUGUGGUUGAAGGGUUUUUUGUGCUUCCGUUGGACGAAGCUAGUUCGUUAGUGGGGUUUGAAGCCCACCUCCAAACUCGUAAUAUUACAGUACAACUCAAGGAUAAAACAGACAUAGAUCAUUUUAACGAGCAGUUAAGUGGAGGAAGCCAAACUUAUUUGGGACAGGGAAAGUUCUCUCUCACUGAAACAGAAGAACAGACAAUAUUUUGUGCAAAUAUUGGAACAAUUCGACCUUUUGGAUCCGUGACACUUUUGUUGAGUUUAGUUUCUGAGUUACAAACGAACCUAGAGGGUGGUGUUGUUGUCAAGUAUCCCUGUGUUUUAACUCCACGUUUGCAAACUGAUUUUCGAAAUUUUUCAACAAAAGAUUCAGAUUAUCAUUCUGUGACUAACGAAGAUUGCCAUGAACAUCAAUCGACGGAGGAUCUUCUUUCGGAAACCACUUUUAAAAAGUUGUCGCAAAUCGCCAACGAAACGCCUUACAAUCCAAUGGAGUACAAUUUUGAAUUUCAACUGGAAGUGAAAGCUCCGACGUUGUUAGCUGGGGUGUGGAGCUCGAGUCAUUCGAUUCGCGUUGACGCUGACCCUUUUGCGAAAGACGCAUCCUCAGUUUUUGUGACUCUUGCCGAGCCACAUUCGAUGGACCGAGAUCUUGAAAUCAUGGUCUUCCGAAAAAACACGAGCGAACCAGUAGUUAUCCUUGAGCACGGGAACAUGCGCCCGGAGGAAUACGAGGCGUAUGUUAAAUCAGAAACCGAAUUUAUUCGCGAUGCUGAUCUUGGAGAUGAAAAUGAACGGAAUGUUUGUUACAUAAAAAAUCGACUUCAUAAAGAUAUAAUGCAUGUGCCAGUCAUUAUGUUGAAUUACUUUCCAAACUACGAAGAAUUUAAAAAGAAACUCUUAAGGGAUGAAUUUGAAGUUCCGGGGGAAUUUGUUUUUAUGGUCAACAGAAACAGCAGUAUGUGUGGUGACACAAUCGCUAACACACGAGAGUCCCUUCUCUUAUGUAUCAAAAGUCUACCUUUUUCGUGUAGGUUUAAUGUUAUUGGCUUUGGUUCGACAUGUAAGCCAGCAUUUGAACAAAGUCGUCCAUACACGCAGGCAAAUGUCGAGGAGGCUAGCAACCACAUUCGUACUAUCCGUGCGGACCUUGGAGGGAAUAAUUCUGAUCUUCUUUCAGCUUUAUCUUGGGUUUACGAACAUCCUGUUGCUAGGGGUUGGCCAAGGCAAGUUUUUAUUAUAACUGAUGGUUCAAUAUCAAACACCGGACAGACAAUUGAGUUGAUCAGGGCAAAUAGAAAUACUACAAGAGUACACGUUAUAGGGGUUGGAUACAGGUCUUCCACGAUACAACUUGAAACCAUGGCAAAUGUUGGUAGAGGUAGUGCAGUAAUGAUUAACACCGGAGACCGAAUGCAUAAGGAGGUGGCUGACCUUCUAAAAAGGUCCUUACGGCCUUGCAUCAGUGAUAUUACCUUCCAAUGGUCUCUUCCGUACGGGAUUGAGUUAUGUCAGACGCCGACACACCAUCCACCUUUGAUGCAAGGAGAGUCAAUUGUGGUAUACGGACUCCUAACGGACACGGCGGGAAUGAAAACGACAGUUGGAUCUUUCUUGAAGGAAGAGCGCCAUAACCCAUUCCUCGAUAAAAAUCUGUCAGAUGACCAUAGUGUCGAUCUGGAAGAAGAAAAACACUCAUCGUUUUCGCCACAACAGGAUAGCCAGUCAAGCAACCGCUCAUUUAUUGGAAGCGCAUCACCUGUAAGAACAUUAUCGUCGUCACCAAGAUCUGAUUCCCGAAUGGAACAGGAGGUGAAUGAUCCGUUAAGCAAGAAUACAUCCAAUGAGGAUUAUAUGAAGCAUCGUCGUAUCGAACUACUCUCUAGGCGGGUCAGAGCCAGUUCACUGUCUGAAGCAACAGACGCUGUAGAUCCGGGCACAUUACGGACAAUGCUUUCUCGGCUGUCGUACAGAGAUCGACGGAAAUCCUCUAGUCCUACUCACGUUGCACGAUCACGACCAAAAUCCGAAACAGAUCGUCGCCCGCCAAAGCUUUGUUUCCUGAAACAAGAAGAGCAACUCAGCAUCGAACUAGGGCCAAUGAGCCCUGUCUGGGAUAAUUUUAUAGAGGGUGGUCGUAAUGACUUCAACUUCGGAGUAGAUCUUGAAAAAGGUCUAGACGAAUCAUGGAUACUUGAUGGCGAUAAUUUAAUUGAUAUCAAAGCGCGAUCAACAAUGUGCUCACUUAUGAUUAGUGGACUAUUUUGUGGGCAGUCAAUCGAAUGUCAUGUUCCUUUUGAUAUACGCAAGCUACUAACCAGAGGACCGAGGAUACACACUGAAGAGGAGGACGUAUGGGAAGAGACUAUUCACCAGCUUGCCGCCAAAAAUCUUGUACAAGACUUGGAAUUGUUGGAAAUGCAAGCGAUCCGAGACGAAGUAUCAAGAACAAGUCUAAGUGACAUGCCAAGUGACGAGGCAUUCAAACUUCACACGAAGGUCGUCGACGUGAGCCAAUCAGCAAACGUUAUCUCCAAACACACAGCAUUUAUUUCCAUCGAUCAAGAAACUGAUGAACCUCUACCAUGCUUAGUGCAGGUGCAACCGAACUCGAAAGCAGUAAAGCAGUGCACUACAAGAAGGCACUCCAACCAUCAAAGUUAUUCCAGUGGUUUUGGUGGUAAAUUUUCGAACUCGUUUACCGAAUCUGAAGACGAUGCAUUUUCAUCUGGUUAUGUCUUGACUUGGAUAUCAGGCUUCGAAGUAGAAGGUCGGCCUCCAAGUCCAGUUGGCUCCACAAUAUCAGAACCAGUACGCUGGAACGGAGCCUACGUAUCCCAAAAGGGUCGUAUAUAUGACCUGACAUCUAACAGUAAAUCUUUGUACAAGCCGAUUUCAAGUAUAAACAUCCCAAUACCAAGGCCAAAGUUUGCAAAUAUUGGUGCCAAACUGGGAAAGAUUCGCCGACGCCUUGGUACACCAACAAAACGUCCAAUAUUCGCGAAUAUCCAGAACACGCGUGCACGUACAGCAAGUCUUGAAUGUGUUGAGCUGUUCUCAAUAGUUGAACAACAAUUAGCUUGUGGAGCCUGGAACUUGAAUAUACAUCUUGCAGACAUAAUGGAGAUUCCACUUGAAAAACUACGGAACGCAUCGCCGUUGUGUAUGGUAGACAGUCGGCUAGAAUGCCAAUGCACACGAGAUUCAUUCGUGAAAGAUGGUUCCGAUUUACAUGACUCUGUUUUUGGCAGUGAGAUUCGGACUUCUGAUAGUGGAUACAGAUCAUUUUUAUCUGCAGACACAUCCCCCGAUUUGCAAACAAACUCUUCUCUGCUUCUUAGCACAGGUAUACCCUCAAGGAGUUCUGCAGCACCGUUGACGGAUUCGAGGUCACCGAAUACAAACACUUGGGAGUCUGGUGGAGUUUUUACGCCAGACGUGGAUUUGGAGCAGCGAUUGUGGGGCACUGCCUUAGCUAUAAUAUGGCUUCAUCAUAGUUGCUCAAACCUUAAAGCAGAGUGGGACCUGAUCUGUUGCAAAGCGCAUCGAUGGCUAGGAAACCAGCGUCUUCCAAUGGGUUAUGACGUACCUGGAUUAAAGGCAGCCGCGUACCAGGUUUACUUACUGCUUAAAAGGUAGCGAGUACAUCAACAACGAAAUGAAGAAUACACCAUAAUUAUUCUUUCACUAAGUAAAGCAGUGUCUCAACCGCCUGGAAAUAUACCUACUUAUAUAUGUUGCCUCCACCAACGCCUAUAUUAAAAUUAUCAACUUUAAGUUUUAACGUUUCUGUAUCUUGAACAUUGUUUUACUAUUAUUCUCCGAUUAGAAUUUUACAAGAGGAUAAACUUAUAUUAGAUUUAUGAUUAUAAUUGCUUUGUAUUGAACGCACCUCAGAGCUGUGAUGAGGUGCCACUGUUACAAAAGUGCAGAUUCAAUAAAUUAUUAUAAUUAUUAGGAAAAUGUCCUAAUUGUUGUCAAGUUACUUGGUUUAUUCAUAAUCUUGUCCUCAGUAUUUAAAUUAAAUAUACGCAAAAAAAUUAAUGAAUGUUCAUAUUGGAUACUUGUUAUAUGUUAUUACGUUCUAUUAUAGUAACCUGAGUAUAUGUUUUAUCUAUUAUGUCUCUUUAUACAGUUUCUUGUACUCUAUGGUAAAAUCUAUAAAAUGUGUAAUAUAUACGUUUCCGCAUAAAUUUGCUAUACGAAGACCGAGUAAUCCAAUUCACACGUAUAAGAUUUUUGUCAAAUGUAACAACUUUUUAAGGAUUGGCGCAUGUGAAAGCUUUUUAAGUACCAAUCUCCGUAAUUCUCUGAGUUUUCCCAAUAGUGUCGUAAUAUUUACCCGAGAAAGAUUACGACAUGUUCAGAGAUGUGUGAGUUGUGUUUUCUCAGUAGUAAUAUUUCAGGAUUACUUUUUAUAUGUUGUUACAUUUCAUGUACCUGUAAAUUGGGUAUUAAUGUCCUAUACUAGACCUACAUGUGCUGGAUAUGUUGAUGUUUAUUUAUUGCAACUAGUCUGAAUUUAUAAUUACCAUAAUUUCACCUCUCCAUAUAAUUAAUGAAAUAGCCAUUGUCAAUACUAAAAUAUAAUGACGUAGAUGAAUAUAAAAUAGACAUUAUAGAUAUUUCGUAUUAUACAUUCAGAUUGUUAUACUUUCAGAUAGGUGUCAAUGGUCAAUGAAUAGCCGACUUCAUAUAAAAAUGAACUUUGUACUGAGUGUUGAGUUGUUUUGAAAAUUGUGAUAAAGACAGGUUGUUUUUUUUUUUUGUGAGGCUAAUAUGAUAACGUGUGCGCGUUUAAUUGUCAUAAUAAGGAGGCAAAUCACUGUAGAGUAAUUAUUGUGAGCGUUUGUUUCGUUGUUAUAGGCAUAGAAUGAUACUUCCAACAAAUCAGGGGCAUGUAUUACUGAAUUCAUUAAUGUCGUGACUAUAAGAUAGCAGCCAACCAGAAGUAUUUUUACCGCAUGCGUUUAAAUUGUAUCUAAAUAGGCUAUGAUAAAUGUCUUACGAAAAUGUCGAACCAUAUGCAUACAUUUCAUAAUCUUCUUAUAUGGCAUAGUGUUUGAUCCAGGGGUAUUACUCCAAAGCGCAUACAGGUAGUAUAUUGCAAUAUGCCCUAUAUACGUACAUUUUUAAAAUUAUUAUUCAUAAAAUAAUUAUAAUAAGUUAUUUGCACUGAAAAAGUACUUAAUUACUAAAAUAUAAUUAUGCUACUUAUGGAAAUUGUACAAAUAGUAAUACAGUAAUACCGUAUUACUAUCACUAUGUUCAUUACGGUACUUAUCAUUAUGAAACGUUUAAUAGUUAUAGAUCUACGUGUUUAUAGCAAUAUUUUACAUCAUUUUAAGCCAACCAGUCGUUAAUGGAAACUAGACAAAAGAUAAAUUGAAUAACAUAUAUUGUAUUAUUGUUUAAUAAUGUAAGUAACUAUUUGACUACUGUACUAUAUAAAAGAUUAUUAAAAUAUACACCAGAAGACAGUCUAAGUUACUGUAUUUGAGAAUAUUGCUUUUCAAAAAAGCAAUUUCAUUAUCUAUCUUGUUCAGUGUUCAAUGUCGUAGCCAGAUGUUGGGACAGUCCCACACAAUUGUUCUAUUUGUUCCACAAAAAAUGGGUCCACAUUUUAAAAAUGAGUCCAGAUUUCUCAUAUUUUGUGUGUAGUCGGUCAACUUUAAAGAAAAUGGGUCCCUGAUAUUGUCUCACACAGUUUGCAAAUCCUAGUUAUCGACAUUGUCAGUGUUGGAUGGUCCCACGUGAGGAAAUGGAAACUAGUUUAAAUAGAACUAUAUUUUCUCCUGACAAGUACAUAGAACAACGUUUCAUAAUAUAUUCUCCACCUAUCACCGGGUUCACAUAUGUAUAUAGACAGAAUAAAAACAUUUAGAAGGAA